GUUCAGGCUGUUGCUUUUUAUUUACCGGAAGCUGUAUUGUUACAUCGAGGGAAAGGCUGUACUUAUGGCAGAGAAGGUGAGUUCUUCGAAAAACAGUUCCCCGUAUUUCAAUUUUUCGAAAUAAUGAAACUCUUUCAUGAAAGAACAUACCAUGGAAUGACUAACGAGAAAUAUCAAAUGACAACGGAUUAUAUCAUUCUCGAAGCCGACUAUGAAUUGACGACAGAGAAAAAGGGCACCGUAAAGGGAAAAUUCACCCAAAUCUGGAAAAAGACCAGCAGUGGUUAUAUGAUCUGGCAUGACGAAUUCGAUAUAAAUUAA